UUCACGCCACAGAGAAAACCGUGGAUGUCACCGGCGAUGACGCCGAGAAGCGAGAAGCAUAAAAUCGGCGGUGUUACUAACCCUAGAAACGCUGAUAGAAAGGGAAAGGCCGUUGCUUUUAGCGAUGACCUAGUGAUAUCGACUCUUCCACCGCCUCCGAUUGGAACACUGACCGGAGAAGGCGUUUCUCGAGGUUACACUGAUGAUAUGGAUACGAGUGAUUGGAGAAGGUUUAGGGAAGUGGGUUUGUUGAAUGAGGCUUCAAUGGAGAAGAAAGAUCAAGAAGCUCUUCUUGAAAAGAUCUCCACACUUGAAAAAGAGUUAUAUGGCUAUCAGCACAAUAUGGGGCUUCUUCUCAUGGAGAACAAAGAGUUGGUUUCAAAGCACGAACAACUAAAUCAGGCAUUGCAAGAAGCUCAAGAAAUCCUUAAAAGGGAACAGUCGUCACAUCUGUAUGCGUUGACGACUGUCGAACAACGCGAAGAAAACUUGAGAAAAGCUUUGGGUCUGGAAAAGCAAUGUGUGCAAGAGCUUGAGAAGGCUCUUCGUGAAAUUCAAGAGGAGAGUAGCAAGAUGAGGCUGACUUCUGAAGCUAAAUUAGUUGAAGCUAAUGCUCUGGUUGCUAGUGUUAACGGGAGAUCUUCAGACGUGGAAAACAAGAUUUACUCUGCCGAAAGCAAGCUCGCAGAGGCAACUAGAAAGAGCUCCGAGCUGAAAAUGAGAUUGAAGGAAGUGGAGACUCGUGAAAGUGUCCUGAAACAAGAGCGGCUUUCAUUUGCUAAAGAGCGAGAAUCAUAUGAAGGGACUUUCAACAAACAAAGAGAGUACCUUAAUGAAUGGGAGAAAAACCUUCAAGAAAAGGAAGAAAUAAUGACUGAGCAGAAGAGAAGCCUGAAUCAAAGAGAGGAAAAGUGUAAGGAAACUGAAGAGGACAUAACUAAACGAUUGGAAGAAUUGACUACAAAAGAGAAAGAAGCUCACACACUCCAGAGCACGCUAGUGGCAAAGGAAAAUGAGUUACGAGCCUUUGAAGAGAAGCUCAUUGCUAGAGAAGGGACAGAAAUUCAGAAGCUUAUUGAUGAUCAGAAAGAGGCAUUAGCUGCCAAGAUGCUGGAAUUUGAACUGGAAUGUGAAGAAAGAAGAAAAUCUCUGGACAAGGAAAUCCAAAGAAAGAUAGAAGAGCUCGAACGACAGAAAGUUGAAAUUGAUCAUAGCGAAGAGAAGUUGGAGAAAAGGAAUCAAGCAAUGAAUAAGAAGUUUGACCGAGUGAAUGAAAAGGAGAUGGACCUUGAAGCAAAGUUGAAAACUAUUAAAGAGAGAGAAAAGAUCAUACAAGCUGAGGAGAAAAAGUUGGGUUUGGAAAAACAACAGUUGCUUUCUGAUAAGGAGAGUCUGGAAGACCUACAACUAGAGAUUGAAAAAAUCCGAGCUGAGAUGAUGAAAAAGGAAGAAAUGAUUGAAGAAGAAUGCAAAAGUCUUGAAAUCAAGAAAGAAGAGAGGGAAGAAUACCUGAGACUGCAAUCUGAACUCAAGUCCCAGAUAGAGAAAUCUAGACUCCACGAGGAGUUUCUUUCUAAGGAAGUUGAAAAUCUGAAGCAAGAAAAAGAGAGAUUUGAAAAGGAGUGGGAAAUAUUGGAUGAGAAGCAAGCAGAAUACAAUAAAGAGCGGAUAAGAAUUUCUGAAGAAAAAGAAAAGUUUGAGAGGUUUCAACUACUGGAAGGAGAAAGAUUGGAGAAAGAAGAGAGUGCUUUGAGGGUUCAGAUCACGCAAGAACUGGAUGAUAUUAGACUGCAGAGAGAAUCAUUUGAAGCCAAUAUGGAACAUGAACGAUCAGCGUUACAUGAAAAAGCCAAACUUGAGCAAUCUAAGGUGAUUGACGAUCUUGAAAUGAUGAGAAGGAAUCUUGAAAUUGAACUUCAGAAAAGAAAAGAACAAGACGAGAAAGAUCUACUAUACAGAAUGGCUCAGUUUGAGGACAAAAGAAUGAAAGAGCUUAGUGAUAUCAAUCACCAGAAGCAGGCUUUGAAUAGGGAGAUGGAAGAAAUGAUGUCCAAAAGGAGUGCUCUCCAAAAGGAAAGUGAAGAUAUUGCAAAGCACAAGGAGAAACUAAAAGAGCAGCAAGUAGAGAUGCAUAAUGACAUCAGCGAACUUAGUACACUCAGCAUCAACCUCAAGAAACGUAGGGAAGUGUUUGCCCGUGAAAGAGCUCGUUUUCUAGCAUUUGUUCAAAAGCUCAAGGAUUGUGGGAGUUGUGGGCAGCUGGUAAAUGACUUUGUACUCUCUGAUCUCCAGCUACCAUAUAAUGAUGAAGAAGCUAUUCUACCACCUAUUGGAGUUUUAAGUGACCUUCCAGGAAGCUCUAAUGCAUCUGACUCUUGUAAUAUCAAGAAAUCUCUAGACGGAGAUACCUCUGGAAGUGGGGGAUCUAGAAGGCCCAACAUGUCGAUACUGCAGAAGUGCACUUCAAUCAUUUUCUCACCAAGUAAAAGAGUUGAACAUGGGAUUGACACUGGCAAGCCUGAGCAGCGUCCAUCCUCCUCAGUGGCAGUUGGUAUGGAAACAAAAGGUGAAAAGCCUCUACCAAUUGAUCUCCGACUGCGUCCAUGUAGUAGCUCAAUUCCGGAGGAGGAUGAGGAAUAUACAGACAGUAGAGUACAAGAAACUUCUGAGGGUUCUCAACGAUCUGAGCUUCAAAGUGCCAGGCGUGGACGUGGCAGACCUAGAAAAGCCAAGCCUGCUUUGAAUCCUACAAGUUCGGUGAAGCAUGCCAGCCCUGAAGAAUCAUCAAAAGAUGAAUUGAGUGGUCGCGUUUCUGUUACUAGCGAGAAGACAACAGGCGGAGGUGGAAGGAAAAGACAGCAUACUGAUGAUACUACUACUGGUGGACAGCGUAAGAGACAACAGACAGUUGCUGUCUUGCCACAGACCCCUGGCCAAAGACGCUACAAUCUGAGGCGGAACAAGACUGUAGACCAAGUUCCAGCAGAUGUUAAGGAUAAUGCAGCUGGUGGUGAAGAUGAUGCAGACAUUGCUACCUCUGCCCCAUCAAAGGACAAUGUCGAAGAAACUAGUGAAUCUGUGGUGGAGACUCUUCGAGCUAGAAGAAUAGAAACUUCAGAAAUUAGGGUUGCAAAUGUGGAACCAACAGCUCCCUCUGUUGAAGAUGACCAGAAGCAGAGAACAGUAAAUGAGGAUAUGAAUGAGGAUGGAGAUGAAGAAGAAGAUGAAGCUCAAGCUCAAGAUGAUGAUAAUGAUGAAAGUCAAGAUGAUGAUGAUGAUGAUGGUGACGAUGAUGGAUCACCAAGACCCGAUGAGUCUUUACCUGAAGUAACUGAUUCUGAAGAAGCUCCAAUGGACAAAAAAGAACGUGAAGCCUUGUACUCUGCGAUUCAAGGAUUUGUUGGUGAUUCUUGGAACGGAUCUGCUCUUUAUCCUGAUCCUUGUGGUUGGACUCCAAUUCAGGGUGUUUCGUGUGACAUCUACAAUGACUUGUGGUAUGUCACAGAUUUGAGUUUAGGGCUUAUUUAUGAAAACUCGCUUCCUUGCUCCUCAAGUCUUCAGAUAAAGCCAGAGUUAUUUGAGCUCAAGCACUUAAGAUCUCUCUCCUUCUUCAACUGCUUUAUCUCUCCCAUGGUGAUAUCUCAAAAGAGCUGGAUAAACUUUGCAUCUAACUUAGAAAUGCUCGAGUAUAGAUCCAAUCCCGGUCUCAUUGGGAAACUUCCUGAAACAAUUGGCAAUCUCACAAAACUUAAGUCUUUAGUGGUUCUCGAAAAUGGGUUCAAUGGAGAAUUACCGGCGAGUAUCUGCAACUUAAAGACACUAAAGCGGCUGGUUUUCGCAGGGAACUCAUUCGCGGGAAUGAUCCCAAAUUGUUUCAAAGGGUUAAAAGAGCUCUUGAUCUUGGAUUUGAGCCGCAACUCUUUCUCAGGGACAUUGCCUUCAUCUGUUGGAGAUUUGGUUUCAUUGCUCAAGCUUGACCUAAGCAAUAACCUCUUAGAAGGGAACUUACCUCAAGAAAUUGGUUUUUUGAAGAAUUUGACACUUUUGGAUCUGAGGAACAACAGAUUCUCUGGUGGGCUGUCCAAGAAUAUUGAAAAUAUUCAAUCUCUAACGGAAUUGGUGUUAUCAAACAAUCCAAUGGGUGAGGAAGAUAUGAUGGGAACAAAGUGGGAAAAGAUGAACAAUUUGGUAGUUUUGGAUUUAUCCAAAAUGGGUUUGAGAGGUGAGAUUCCUACAAGUCUAACCAACCUGAAAAGGUUAAGGUUUCUUGGUCUGAACAACAACAAUCUAACCGGUUUUGUUCCAUCAAAGAAGCUUGAGGCUUUGCCUUGUCUUGGUGCUUUAUACAUCAAUGAAAACAACUUAACAGGUGAGCUUAGAUUCUCUACAAAGUUCUAUGAGAAGAUGGGAAGAAGAUUUAAAGCUUUUAGGAAUCCAAAUCUUUGUCAACCAUUUGAAAUGGUAAAGUCAGAAUCUCAUAAGCAUUUACUUCCUCGUGGAGUGAAGCCAUGCACUUAAGAGAAGGAAGAGUUUGGUAAUAUAACAAACGUGAAACCAAUAGGAGGAGUUGAAGUCAUUAUCAAUGGGUGUUUGUGAACUCAUCAAGCUAUCUGUUUUUUUUCUUACAUUUUGGUAAAUAUGUAAGAAUAUUGUUUAAUCUCAUCGAGACUUCUAUUAUUGUACUGCUAUAUUGGCCCAUAAAUGAAUAUGUAGACGAUUA